CUCCAAGAACCUCAUUUUUCUGCUUUAUCUUUGUAAUAUGGUAUCAGAUUAGCCUAAACACGAUCUAUAUUCUCUCUUCCGUUCUUCCGUUGUUAUUUCAAUCGAUUUCUACAAUCGGUUCUCCUUAAUUGAUUUCUACGAUCGAUUCGUUCAAUCCUACUAUGAAUCCUCCAAACCCUAUUGAGGAUCCUACUUCUCCUUACUAUCUUCAUCCAGGAGAUCACUCGGGUACCCGCAUCAUCUAUGAAACCUUCACAGGCGACAAUUUCAGUGCAUGGAAGAAGUCAGUUGUUAUGUCCUUCACGGUCAAGAACAAGCUAGGGUUUCUGGAUGGAUCGAUCAAACAACCUUCAACUGAUGAUCAGAUGCGUUAUUCUUCUUGGUAUCGUAUCAAUGCUCUUCUCCUAUCUUGGUUGAUGUAUUCUAUUUCUCCUGAUAUUCGUUCCACUUUUCUGUACUUUACUGAUGCCAAGAAUCUCUGGGAUGAGAUCAAGCUUCGUUAUGAUAAGAGCGAUGGUCCCAGGGUUUUUCAUCUGGAGAAAACCCUAACUAAUAUUUCUCAAGGAACACAAACCAUCACUGCUUAUUAUAAUCUUUUUAAAAGUCUGUGGGAUGAAUAUGUGAAUUACCGCCUUAUUCCUACUUGUAACUGUGGUCUCUGUACUUGCAAAAUCAAUGAAGUUUAUCAAAAAUUGCUUGACCGAGAUUCUGUUAUGAAAUUCCUCAUUGGUUUGAAUGAAUCUUACUCUAAUUUGAGAAGUCAAAUUCUUCUUCAACCAAAUCUGACUCUGACCACAGUAUACUCUUCUUUUCUUCAAGAAGAAUCCCAAAGAUCUCUUCAGAAUCCUACUGGUUCUAUUCCACUUUUCACUGAUCAAUCCUCUGCUUCUCAAAUCCCUAUUCAUGACUCCACUGCUUUUCUUGCCAAAUUCCAUUCUUCUAAAAAGAAAAGCAAUGUUACUUGUACUCACUGCGGUUACCAAGGUCAUUCAGCUGAAAAAUGUUUCCAAAUUAUUGGUUAUCCCAACAACUGGAAAGGACCUAAAGGUCAAAGAUUUGCCCCUGGUUUCAAAUCUUCUCAACUUUCAACAAAAACUCCUCAAGCUCAUCUAGCAAAUGUUUCUGAGGAAUCUAUUCCUAAUGACUUGGAUUUCUGUGAUCCUGACCUUUACAACAAGUUUCUUCAGUUUAUGCAUACUCAACAGACAAAGUCUGCUUCUGCUAAUGUUGCUUCUGCUAAUGUUGCUCUGGCUAUUAAUGAUGCUGGUGAUACUUCUCUCACCAAUCACAGUGAGUUCAUAGGACCACCUUACCAACAAAAUCAUUGGCUUUGCUGA